GCUGCACCGAGCCGAGUGGCAUUCACAAGCCGCUCUCAGGAACGCGACUCGGGGAUCAAGGUCACCUAGCAAAUUUGCCGGAGGACACAAGGAAGACGUCCUAAAAUGCCCGUGGCAACGACUUUUUCUGAUACCGCUAACCCCCACAGGGAAGCCUCCAGGAAAAUUGCCCAGCCCCCCCUCCUCCUCCUCCUCCCGACUUGUCGUCCGCAUUCAUUCAUGCGAAGAAGAGGACGUUCAGUCAGGCGUGCGUAGCUCACACACUUACACGUCAAGAGCAGGUGGAGACGGAGGAAAAAGAGCCAGGAGCCGUUUGGCAGGAGGAGGAGGAGGAGGAGGAGGAGCGCAGCCUCACACACAGUAUUGGGCGUCUUGCCGUGAGUGUAUGUGUGUGUGUAGUGAGGUGUUGGUCACUAUGGCUGGCAGUCUGUUUGGAAGACUCUCCCUUGAGGAGGGGGGCUCGGCCUUCUCGUUGGAGGGCCUGGAGAUGAAGCUUGGGGAAGAAGUCAUGCAUCAGGCUUUGGACACGCUGAGUGACAGCAUCAGCUCGACAACUGCCAACGACCUGGACCUCAUCUUCCUCAAAGGCAUCAUGGAGAGCCCAGUGGCUCACGAGCGCUUUGAGGAGCCCAAGCUGGAGGCGGUGAGGGAGAACAACGUGGAGCUGGUCCAGGACAUCCUCAAGGAGCUCAGCCCACUGGCGCACAGGAGCCAGGCAGCCGACGAGCUGGUCCGCAUCCUGAAGGAGCCUCACUUUCAGUCGCUCCUGGAGACUCAUGACUCCGUGGCCUCUAAAAACUACGAGACUCCGCCUCCCAGCCCUUGUACUUUCAUGGACGCAGCCCUUAACAACCAACCGGUGCCGCCUGACGCCGUGAGGAUGGUGGGCAUCCGCAAGGUGGCCGGCGAGCACCUGGGAGUGACCUUCCGCGUGGAGAGCGGCGAGCUGGUGAUCGCCAGAAUCCUGCACGGCGGCAUGAUCGACCAGCAAGGUCUGCUCCACGUGGGGGACAUCAUCAAGGAGGUGAACGGCAAGGAGGUGGGCAACGACCCCAAAGUCCUGCAGGAGAUGCUGAAGGAGGCGAGCGGCAGCGUGGUCCUGAAGAUCCUGCCCAGCUAUCAGGAGCCACACACACCCAGACAGGCUUUUGUCAAAUGUCACUUUGACUACGACCCGUCGCACGAUACCCUGAUUCCAUGUAAAGAGGCUGGACUGAGAUUCUGCAGCGGAGACAUUCUGCAGAUUUUCAAUCAGGAAGACCUGAACUGGUGGCAGGCCUGCCACAUCCAGGGAGGGAGCGCCGGUUUGAUUCCGAGUCAGCUCCUCGAGGAGAAGAGGAAAGCGUUUGUGAAACGAGAUCUGGAGCUCGUCACUUCAGGACCUUUGUGUGCUGGAAUGGGUGGCAAGAAGAAGAAAAAGAUGAUGUAUUUAACUACCAAGAACGCAGAAUUUGAUCGUCACGAGCUGCGGAUCUACGAGGAGGUCGCCAAGGUGCCCCCUUUCAGAAGGAAGACGCUGGUUCUGAUUGGUGCGCAGGGCGUCGGGCGUCGCAGUCUCAAGAACAAGCUGCUGGUGCUCGAUCCUCAGCGGUACGGCACCACCAUCCCAUUCACCAGCCGAAAACCAAAGGUUGACGAGACAGACGGUCAGAUGUAUUCCUUCAUGACACGCAACGAAAUGGAGUGUGACAUCAAAAACGGCCGUUUCCUGGAGCACGGCGAAUACGACGGCAACUUGUACGGUACGAAAAUCAACUCCAUACACGAGGUGACGGAAAUGGGAAAGAUCUGCAUCCUGGAUGUCAACCCCCAGGCUCUCAAAAUCCUACGGACGUCUGAGUUCCUGCCCUACGUGGUGUUCAUCGAGGCUCCCGAUUUUGAGGUCCUCAAGGCCAUGAACAGGUCGGCGAUCGAGUCAGGAGUGGUCACGAAACAGUUAACGGACUCGGAGCUCAAGAGGACGGUGGAUGAGAGCGAGCGCAUCAAGAGGGCUUACGGACAUUACUUUGACCUCUGCAUCGUCAACGACAGCCUAGAAGCCACGUUCCGAAGUCUCCGCUCCGCCAUGGAAAAACUCUCAAACGGGCAACAGUGGGUGCCUGUCAGCUGGGUCUUUUGAGUUUCAGUGCACAGCUGUAGAACGGCGGACCAUUCCCGUUGACACCCCUUCCCCCUUCAUUCAGGGGGGCAUAAAUGUGAAGUGGUUUCUUUGGACCGACUUGGUGUUGUACUUAAUUUGUCAUCAUUCUGUCGAUAUUGAAGCGGUUUUCGAGUUGGCUCUCGGUUUUUAGCGCGGUCGUGUGAGUGGGUGUGUGCUAAGCGCCAACUUGCUAAGAAAUGUGUAGUAUAGGGGCGGGACAUAAUUUGCUCCAUAUAGGGAGGCAAAAGAAAAACCAAACUAAACUUCCAUCUUCCACUUGGAGCGUACUACUUGACUGUAGCCAGCAGGGGCCCUGUUGGUUCCGUCAACAACGGCAAGAAGCGAUAGGACGUUGAGCGCUAUCCACGUUACCUUUGCGGAGGAGUUCAGAACAUUCAAAAAUUGGCAUUACAAAUAUUUUAAAAUCAACAUUUAAUCAGUAUUGAUUGUUACUAGUAGUUGACCAAGAAAAUGUAGUGGAAUGGCCAGUUCUUGUAAAGAGUCAUGUAUUUUAGGUAGGUCAGUCAUGGGUCGAAAUCUUUUAGCCUUCCAAAUUUCAAAUACUUAACGUAGUGUCAUGUUUACAUUGAAUUGUUACAAGACAGACGGUCACAUACCAAAUGUGAUAUUUGUAUGAGAUUCCAUGUAUUUUCCCACCCUAGCACCAUAUACUAGUAUGAUUGUAUUUGUUAAGAAAUGUGCUCUAUUUGUAUUUCGUCACUCAUCUGGAAAAUAGACAGCAAUAGGAACCUAUUGACACAAUGCGACAGUUAUCAAUAUCAACAAACUAGCCAAUAUUGACCACAACCUGUUGGGUUUACUGAGAAUUGCAAAGCAGGUUAACAUUAGAGAAGCAGAUAGUAGACAAAUGAAUUUGAAGACAAACAUUACAAAUUUCAAUCAGAGCUGAUGUCGUUAUUUGUCACAUACAAGCAGUCCAGUACAUAUUUUGCCUUAACAUUGUUUUAAAAAGCCAAGGAUUUACUGAAUAUUUAAAUACUUGUUGCACCAAUACUGGCAACGUCUUCAUAUUUAUUUUAAGUAGUGUAAUAAAAACUAUACCAUCACUCAGACAAGUGUCGGUGUAGCUUUUUACAUUUCAACUUUGAUGCACAGUAACAAAAAUCUAUUGGUCAUAGAAACGUUGGUGGGUGUGCGCAAGUGCUGGUCGAGGCGGUCCUCCAGUGAUGAGGAGCCAGAGGCAGCGUGAUGGGAUACAUCUCGUAGGCGGGAGGCGGGCCCCCUGGCCAAACGUUUGUCAGUUUGGGGUCAAACUGAAAGGAAUUUCAACAUUCUAUAAACCGCUCAAGAAUUCUUGACAAUUUAACAGCCUAUUAGUUUGUGGCUCAAGCACAGGCUAGUCUAAAAUGAAAUCCAUGUGCAAUCUGAUAAGUUAUAUGUUACAGAUCCUUAUCAAGCACCAGGAGUGCUUUUUGAAACCAUCGUGGCAGCAGACGAGGAGACCGACACUGGUGAGUUCAACACUCUCAUUCUUCACAAAUAAAGUCCCUAGUCCAAAGUUGUUCAUUUAAGGUUUACCCACCAGUGAGUAAGGUGGCGGAAAAUCAAUGGUGCUGUAGCGUGGUGGGAGUCUCUCGUAAUCUCUCGCCGUCCCCUCCUGAGCUUCUGUUAGCGAAAUGGCUUGGAUGGAGACGCCGCUGUCCUCCUGAGCGCUCGCCACGGUGAUGUUAUACACCGCUCUCUUCUUCCUGGCGUGCAAGUAGAAGCAGAGCAGCACCACGGCGAUGGACACCACCAAGCUCGGGAAUCUGGGAACAAGUUCUGGUCUACUUGGAUCAUGUGAUUACUUUUGUGUUCUGCACUGUCUUGAGUGAAAUGAAUCGAAAAGAAGAGCAAGAAUAUAUGUAUGUGAGUAUUACUUUAUUUUAUUUUAAAAACUUUGUUCGUUAAAGCAUUGCAACACAAUUGGCAACUAACAUCUCGUAAAACUUCUACUAAGUUGCCACACUCGUAUCUCAAGACACUGCUGUGUUAUUCGGCACGGCGGCUACUUACACAUAUUGAAAUAUAUUCACGAUGGUCAUGGUCCCGCACACUGUUGAAAAUGAAACCAAAAAUAUAUAUAUAAAUCGGAUUGAAUAUGGUUAUACAGUGUGUGCAUUAGUUAGCGCAUAUCAAAACCGCAACGCGAAUGAACAUUUGCACAGCAAAGCCAAUAAAACGAUAAAGUGUCCAUUUUCUUUACAACGUUAACUUUACCUAACAAAAUAAAUCAAGCGUGCUGCAAAAAAUGUAAACACUACACAGCCUUGCAGGUUAUUCAAUGUCCCAACAUUGUGUCACGCCUCCUUUUAUGCAAACAAACUAGAACAGAUCAUAUUUUUGUGACCCCACAACGACCCUGCAGGCUUUACACUGACAAUUAUAUUUAAAAACACUAAGAUGGGUGUACCAUUGGAAAUGUGUUUGUAACAGAAAUGAGCAACAUACUCUUUGGACCUUCAUCCUAUAAAUUGGUAGCUCAUUGUGCCUUUCAGUAUCUACUGAGUUUUUAUAACUCUAUGAAAAACUUGAAACCAAAUAUAUUUGACAAAUAUAUACACUGCAUAUAUUGAGUCUUACCUUAUCGGGGAAGUCUUCACAUAACCUAAAAUGUUUUUCUUCUGUGUGUGGCUCCAAAAAGGUAAUGUUAAUGUGUUCCAAGCAUAAGACAGGUUUUUAUAGCGUUAUUGUCUCAUUUAAAGCCGCAGGACUUCCUGUUUAGGACAUAUCCUGGGUAGAUGUCAGAAGUUUAUGUUGCUCAAUGAAUGUGUAACUGUCCCACUUUAACAAAAGGAAAACAUGUUUGAUGCCACUAAGGUGCAUUGACUCAACUGCAUGACUGUAUAAUCCUGGCCUAAGACACUGCAGUCGUAGUAAAUGUGCUAGACGCCCUCUAGUGGUUGUGAGCAGUAUAGGUGAUGACAUCAAGGACAUUGAUGGCAAACUCAAUAUCGUAUUUUUGCUCUGGAAAUAAGAUAAACAAAUGUUUGUAGCAAUUUAUUUUGCUAGAGAAAUUAUCCAUAUAUAAAAUGAUGUAGCAGGAUAUCCUUGUGAUGUAUUCUUUUCUCCUAUGUGUGCAAAAAUUGCCUAGAGUGCCUUUUUGAUUAAAAAGUACAACCACAAAAAAGGAUAGUAAAUCAAGACCCUUUGGCAAAUAAAAGCUUAUAAUCAGCUUUCAUUCCUGGGCCAACUACACAUAAUGAAAAUAUGCUCCUAAAUUACCGAAUCGUGAUUGCAUGAUAAUGACCAAUUCCCUUUAGGCUCAGCCCCUGCACGGCAUGUAAAAAGUAAUCAUGACGUGCUGAGAUAAGCAUUUAAUAAGUAUAUUAUCACUGUCACUUGUCAUCACAGUUUUUUUAAGGACUUGCUGAGUAGAAACAAUUCUAACAGAGACCUAAUAAGGAAGGAAGGAAUGAGUCAAUGAAGGAGAAAGUGAGGAAUCCGUUUGAACUUGUCGCUAUGGAAUGUCAUGGGGCCAGUGUUGAAACAUGUUGAAGAUAUCUCUGCUGCUGUUCUAUAGAACAAAUCUAGGAUAUGACCUGUACAUUGUCAUACUGUAUAUUGUAAAACUUUCAAACAAUUAUUGCCCUGCCAUUGGCUGGCAUUCGGUUCAGCUGGAACUGGCGACAGCUCAUCCACGAACAAACAAAAAAAAAAGUUAAUGUAGCAGAGGGGGAGGAGGUGGGGGCAAAAUACUAGAAGUGGUAGUGGGCGGCGGUGGUGGUGGAGGAGGAGGAAGAGUGGCAGCUCCCGCCACAGAUGCAGGAGGAAGAGAAAAAGCUCCUGCAACUGGAGGAGGUGGAGGGGGAAGUGAGUCCGGUGAGCAGAGGUUGCUUGGUGGUGGUGGUGGUGGUGGUGGCAGACAUGUUGGUGAGGUCAAAGAAGGUGGAGGGGGUAGUCCGCCGUCCAAACUGGUAGAAGGAGGAGGAGGAGGAGGGGGUGGAGGAGUAGACGAACCGGCAUCAAUUGUAGCUUGAGGAGGAGGUGGGGGGAGGUCAUCAGUGAGGUUAACUUCAGCAGGCAAGGUGGGGACUGAUGGCAGAGGCACAGCGAUGCCUUGGUUGGAUCUAAACAAACACAGAAAUGUAUUCAUUGUAUUGUAUUCAACCUUGGCACAUGCAUUAAAAAAUAUAUAUUUGUUGACAUACAUGGGGGCAUCUGCAUUGCUCUGCAUGCUGUCAGUAGUCCCUGUCCUGCUUCUGGGGGGCUCUUGAGAGACCUGUGAGGGGGUCACCAGAGGAUGUUCCGCCUUACAAGCAACAUAUGACAUUCGACAUGUGACCUUUAAAGUUACCUGGAAACUGUGUCCAGUGGUGUCCAAGCAAGAGUAUGAUAUGGGGAGUCGUGAAUAGCCUCUCUCCAGUUCCUUUCCCGAAGUGGGCGGAGCCACAAGAGCGGCAUGUGUGUUUUUUUUGGAUGUAGUGAAGAUGCUGAUUUCUCUCCUGGCUACUUUCUCGUAGUGGAUGGAAGCAGCCUGGACCAAAGGCGGGGAAAAACACUGUACUUUGAGUAGGACUGGUGGAAAGCAGGCACUGGAAAUGUUUCCAUGGCUAACGGCGCUUCUUACCAGUGACAUGAGAUUAACUGAGGACUCCAUGUUCUUGACCUGAAUGGCCUGGGAGUCGAGAAGUCGGAGCAGCAAAGUGGCCACGCUGUUGAUUUGAUAGGUGACGCUUGCCAACGCUUGCGUGGUCAAAGCUUUGGCCUCCUCAAGAGCCUUUGUUGGCUCAUCUGCCUGCAGAAUUUCAUUACAAACACCUCAAAGAGUACUCCGAUUACUUUGCAAUGCCAUUAUUUUAUUUACGCUACAUAAUAUUCCAUGUACUCAAUGGAUUGACAGUCUGCCUCAAAACGAAGCAUCAAGCAUCAUUAUGUAAUUUGUUAGAGACCUAUCUUGUGUGUACCUAAUGAAGUGUCCUGCAUGUUUGAGUGGAUGGUAAAAGCUCAUUUGUCACCUGCAGGUAGUUGUUUUCGCAGUAGUCUGCAACUUGUUGCAGGUUGCUCUGGUUCUCAAUCAGCUUCUUCCUGGCCGUUGGCGCCUCUUCAAAAAUUUGAGAAAUAACCUGAGAAACGUUUUUCGUGUCCGCCAUUGCCCUUUAAAAGUGUUUUAAAAAUCCUUUACUUCAGACUACUUCAUGUUGCUACUUGAAGGAGGAGGAUGGUUGUGGUUCUAGGUUCUGACUGGCUGAGGAAGGCGGGACUAAAGGGAGGGGGGGUCUAUUUUGCACUCCUUGAAGGAAUUUUAAGCAAACUUCAUUGUUGGGAAGAAUUGAUUUAUCACACGCAGAAUGAAAAUUUGCAGAAGCAGCAACAUUGAUGCAUGGGAGAGAAUUGUCAGAAUAAUUUACACAUAUAUAUUCAUGUUUGGCAUGUGUUUUUGAGAUUGACAAAUAUGUGAGAUUUACAAUUUGUUAAUCUCGUGUGAGCAUUUGCAAAAAUUUUAUUUUGCUUGUGAAUUUUUGGAUGGACGUUCGCGGAUCAACGGUCACGUACACUUUUCGUGUCCCGAAAAACAAUGUAUUUUCGAUUGUAAAUAUCAAACUAGCAUCUUCUAUGCUAUUACAUUUAAAAUGAAUUCCAAAUCACAAACUUUUACUUGUCUUUUGUAGUCACCUAAUUUUUUGUCCCAAUGUGAUUGCCGUCCAGAAGAGAUCAUCUGCGCGUGCGCAGUACCUGGCGCAGGUGCUGCAAAUUAGUGCAAUAGGUGAGUAAUAGCUGCCGUCGACUGGAAGCCCGAGCACGAGAUUUUACUUUACAAUCACUCUAUUGAAGUUUAAAAUUCAAUUUAAGCAGCCCAAUUGCCUUAAAAAAAAUAGCACCGGUCGUCGCCGUGUUCGUUGAGGCAUAUCCAACAUGGCGGUAAGUAGAUGACGUAACACGCGCCGUUCAAAUUCUGCAGCUUUCACACACUUUCACUCCACGCGCUCAAACAUUUGGUGCAUUUUCUCAAACAGAUGCGUCAUUUUGAUGAGAUUUUGAGAUUCACAAACUUAUGCGGGAUUUCGAAGUGUUUUUCAUUUUGUUUUAUAUCCACCAAAUAAUGCGCGAUUUUUUUUUAUGGCUUCCAGCGAGCAUGCGCAGAAAAAGGUUGACUUGGAUUGGUGGACCUCACGGCACGCCCUGCGCAGAUUCAUCAAGUGCAGCAGUGCACAGGUGCGACCGACCGCGUGGGACCUACUCAGGGUUUUCACGCUCGAAGGACACAAUAGCGUUUGAGGUUUGAGUGUCUCGUCGCAAUUUAUUUCCAUUUAUUUGAUUUAGCAUAUUGAGCUUGUUUAUUUUUCCACUGAAGAGUUUCUUUUUUGUGCUGCCCAGCUUUUUUUUUUUCUCCCCCUGAUUAAUAUGUAUUUCAAAUGUUUUAUAUGCAUGUCGACUGCUCACCCCCCAUUUUCCUAUUUGUGGUAGCUUGUUCAUUCUAAUGCAAUUCAUUUCUUUUGACUGUUUGUUAAUUUGCAAAUAAUUUGUUUAAACACCGAAUGUGACAAAAUACUACAAAAACUUUCGGCUGCAAAUAUAGCCCAAAAAAUCACGUCUGAAUUCCUCCACUCCCUGCCGGUUGACACGCGAACAACGCACACCCCGAAACAUUUAGCAAGCAUUAAUUGUUCUGCUUCGCGGUUGGAUUUGGUACCCCAUAGUCGUUCUGUUGCCAAUUUUGGACUUUAACUUGGAUAAAUAUGUCCAAAUCUUUACUCGUAUUGCUAACAUGAGGUAGAAUGUCAGUAACAAGUACUUUGGAAGCUAUUUGAUGGAUUAAGUUGAUGCUAAUUUGCUAUAUCCUCUAACGGCGUUGUUCCGGGUGUUUGUAGGUUGCUGCAUCUAGAUGGCUUUCAAAACCCGGACGCAUUGUCUUUAGAAACUGCAGCCUUAGACAAAAGUAACUUGUAUGUAAUGGCUGUUUUUUUGUUUUUGUUUUUUGUCCCCUGCAGAACUAAAACUGGAUGCAGCGAGCAGGACAACCUCAAACUGGGGAUCCCCGCCUGUGGACAGUGACGAGAGGGGUCUCAGAAAUGAGGAGGACACUCCUAAACAUGUGAAAAAAAAUUAGUUAGUGUUUCUGUGCCUAAGAUGGGAAUGGGUCCUUUUUUUUGUUUGUAGAUGAAUGCUAUAGUAUAAAUGUAGUUACCAGCACUCAAUUUAUGGCGCCUUGCAUAUUUUUCCAGGGUUGAAGAGGAGCAAUGAGGAAAGGACCAAUUCCACACCCAGUCAAGAAUCAAGCAGCAUGCCAAUGUGGACAUGUCAUGUGUGGGGAUCAUUUGACCAGGAGGGGGCAGUGUUGCGCUCUGGUUGCCUUUGGUUAUGGGUGCACGCCGGAAAGGUUGCCUUGAAAUGAGGGCAGGUGUUUAAGGGUCUGAUGGUUGGACUUGCUUAAGAGGUGCGCUGGAGUUGUAGUUGAGGUUGUGGCUUGUCUGGAUCCAGAGCAGCGUUGUCUUGUGCGAGGAUAGCGGUUGAAAGCCGGCCGGCGCUUUGGGGGAGGACUUCAAUUUUUGCACACGCGAAGCCCUUUGAGACUUGACUGUGGGCAAUGGAAAUGAGCUUGACUUGACUCGGUCCGUCACACCGAUCGACACAACCAAAUCCUUGUCGUGUUUCACCCCUUUUGUUUCAGGUUUUGUGGAGGAACCAGCUUGGGUACCAAUAGCAGAAGCCCAAUGCCCAAGUUUGCUGUAAGAGCAGCGAUGUCUUGUGCUAGGAUUGCUAUUGACGGCGCAUUGUAACCUUUGUGUCCAUCGACUACACUUGUUGACUAUUGUAACAUUUUGUCAUUUUCUAACCUACCACUGUCGUACUUGCCUUCUUUGUUCUCCCCUCAGUGUAGGGCGACGUUGGAGCGAGCCGGUCCUGAAAUUCAAUUUUGCAAUAUGACUUGUAACAUUUUUUUUUUCUAGCCUACCACUGUUGUACUUGCGUUCUUUGUUCCCCCCUCGGUGUAGGGCGGCGUUGGAGCCAACUGGUCAACGAGGUUCCGGAAACACAAACAAAACUUUGCCGUGGCGCCAAAUGUCCAAUUUUGCGAUGUGACUUGUUGACUAGUGUAACAUUUUGUCUUUACUGUCAUACUUGGGUUCUUUGUUCUCCCCUCGGUGUAGGGAGACGUUGGAGCGAGCCGGUCCCGAAUGUCCAAUUUUGCAAUACGACUUGCAACAUUUUGUCAUUUCCUAACCUACCACUGUCAUACUUGCGUCCUUUGUUCUCCCCUUGGUGUAGGGCGGCGUUGGCGCGAGCCGGUCCACGAGAAACCACUGGUCGAGGGUCCUCAAGACAUAAUGACGCGAGCAGCGCACAACUCAUUGCAUGUUCUGCCUUUUGCAGACUGGACGCAAAAGGGGGGGACGCACGGCCCGACCCGGCGAUGGUAACCAAGAAUGGCGACCGCGGCACGAUCGGAUCAGAAGCUGUGGCAUCACUGAAGUAUCCUGCAGCCAGCCAGGUUCUGAGGGAGACCCGCUUCCCUGGAGGCGUUGAGCUUCAAUGCGUGAAAUUGAUUUUUUUUUUUCCUUUUUUCAAUUCACACCAGUGGUGUCCAAACGUCUGAGUGCCGCAUACGGAAACAAAUUCCUAAUUGUUUGACACAAAUUCAUUAAACACGCAAAUCAAUCAUGACAUUUUGCUCUAAAUAUUUUGUGCUACUGCUACAAAACUGUGUUUAUUAAGGUCAUUCAUGUGGUGUCUUGAUAAACCGGACGUAGACAUAGCAAAAAUGAGGAUAAACUACUACUGUAUAUCUGCGUGAAAGUUUGAACAGAUGAUUUGACUUGUAAACAUAUCUUAAUAUUUUGAUGCCGUUCAUCAGUAGUAUUUUGGCGCUCUCCUAGUGGCCUGUGGGAAAUAGCCCCUAGGCUGCCGUUUGAACACUAAUGGUGAUGUGUAGGGCUGCACGUGUAUUGGAAAACUGCAAUAUGGUGGUAUGUUAUUGACAUGCACUUAAAGAAAGAAAAUAUGUUUUUUUUAAUGUGACCUAAUGAAACGAGCUCGGUUUCCUUGCUUGUAAUUAUUUUAGAUGACAAGUCAUUGAUGCAAGUUAACAUCUAACUGAGCACAUUCAGUUCAAAUCAAUUCUAUCCCAAGUUUUUGCAUGACUUUGCUCGAUGCAAUGGUCUGGCCCAGUACUGCCAUAUCACUGGUUUUUCAAUAUGUUGUGCAGCCUUGAUUGAGUGCAAGCGCGCAGCAACGGCAAGCGACCGCGCAAGCGAGACUUUUGUGCUUGUCUUGAAAGGUGAAUGAGAAGCUGCACAAAACGAAGAGCCGGCGGAUGGAGGUCACGAGAGAUUGGCGAGCAAAGGAAGAAAUCACCCCAAGAAAAGCAGUCUCCAUGUGAAGAAGAGGAAGUAGCCUGAUGCAUGGCUGGCCGGAGGGCUCGCUCACGUGGCGUCGGAGGGACUAGAGCAGUUCCUCAAAUGAAGAUGAGUACCAUCUGCCGGUCACUGAGUACGUUGACAGAAGUGAACCGCAUGCAACGGAGUGCCGUCUUUCUUUUUGCAGUUGUGCGAGGCAGAGGAAGGGUGCAAACGUCAAACAGGCCCGGAGCGGACCCGAACCUUCUGCAGACCUUAGCCCGUGACGAGCGGCCAACAUGAGGCGGGUGCAGAUGCGGCGAGGCUGGGUGGGCAAAGCAGCCAACAUUUAGGGAGAGUAUGACUUUCUUUUUUUUCCUUUUGCACUUUCUUGCCCUCCUUCCACUUUCUCACUGGGUGUGCACACUGUCUGUCUGCAUGAUGCUUCUCUUUCUUCCAAGUGCUGUUGUUGUGCAAUAUUGUUUUAAAGUGUUUUUUUAAUACAUAGAGUGAACUGUAAAGUUUGUACUGUAAUUGUGUGCCUCUGUACCUGAAUUAAAUUGUUAACUGAAUUUAAGUGGUCCAUUUUCAACAUUGGCCUGUGUAGUCUAGCUGUGCGUAAUGAGGUGAAUGUCAAGUAGACUGACACACAUAGAUGCAAAUGACAAGCGUGUCAAAGCGUAAAAAGUCGGCGUUGCAACCCAUGAAGUAUGUCUUUGGCAAACCUUUUUGCAACCCUGCUGUAAAAUGGCCACUGAAUUCAGAAUCUGGCUCUGUUUUGGUGCACAUUUUUUGUACGAGUAAAAGCCUUUAUUUUAUUGAAGUCCAAGCCUGUUUUUCUUUUUGCGGUUAGAUUUGUCAUGCGGGGUGUUUCUGUGAAUAAAGUUAACUUUGGUGUG